AUGUCGAACAGUUUCAAUCUUUUGGAACACGCUUCAAACAGCGAUCCACUCGAAAUUGCUUCAUCUGCCAAGAAGGAAGUUAAGCAAGAAAAGCCAAAAGUUGAAGAAAAGAAGCCAGUUCAACAACAAAGAAAGCCAAAGCCAACUUCUGCUCCAUCCGAAGUUGUCGAAGAAGGUUUCCAAGGAACCCGUUCUAAGACUAGAGGUGGUAGACAACAACACCAAGGAUACCAACCACCAAAGAAGGGUAGAACUUUCGAUCGUCAUGUCUCUGGUACUGAGUCUGCUGCUUCUAAGCCAAAGACUGUUGCUGUUUCUGAAUUCUUAGAUACUGCUUCAAUUGAAAAGAUCAAGGAAAGAAGAGAUAAGGAAUUGUUGGAAGGUCCAAAGCAACCAAGAGGUCCAAGACAAGACAGACCAGAAAGAACUGAUAGAAAGGGUGGUAAGCCACAAAACAAGGGUCAAAAGGGUGCCAAGCCAGCCUCAGGCCAAAAGAAGCCACGUCCAGUCAUCAACAAGGAAAAGGACUUCCCUGCUCUCAGCCCACAAAACUAA